AUGAUUCUGUCGACUCUGCUACUCAUCCUGGGGAUGACUGUAUUUGUUCUUUCCGAUGAAACUACAACCACAACCAAGAAACCUUCGGAGGAUAACGAUAGCUGCAACAAGACGACCAUUGGCGGCCAGCCAGUGGACAUCCAGUUGGCGCCGUGGACGGUUUCCAUUAUGUUGAGGGACCAGCACAAGUGCGUCGGGGUCAUCUACAAUCCGAAUUACAUUCUGACGGCGGCCAAGUGUGUGGAUGGUUACUUGAGCAAGGCAUUCAAGUUGCUAAUUGGAAUUGCGAACCGAAAUGUUACUUUUACCAACUCCCCGGUUUGCGAAAUCAAGACGCACGAAAAGUACUUGGUAACGUCCAUGGACAACAAUGUGGCGCUCCUGAAAUUGUGCAUCCCGAUCAAGACCUCCGAAACGAUCAAAGAAAUCCAAUUGGCUGAUAAGAUGCCAGAGGACAACACGAAGGCCACCAUUACUGGCUGGGCAUCCUUUCUUUGGAGGAUGACCAACUCGGCGCCGUGCCUCAAUGAGGAGGCCCAAAAACUGCAGCAAUCGGAGCUGAAGAUCUUCAGCAAACCAAAGUGCCUAGAAGUUUGGCCAAAACAACAUAAGAUCUUGCACAAGCUUACAGAUAAUGUGUUCUGCACCGAAAAGGUGGCUGAUAAAAUCUGCUCCUUUGACCCGGGUGCACCUCUAGUCUUUGGUAACCAACUGGUUGGCAUCCUGAGCAGAGGCGGCUGCUCCAGCCGACCUGAUGUAUAUCUCAAUAUCUUGAGGUACAAGGAUUGGCUGGAAACAAAUAGCAAGUAA